ACACAACCGCAACAAAACGUUACAUUCAAUCCAGGCGAUCGAGCGGUGCUAAGAUGCUGGGUUCGAAACCUAGGGACAAAAACGUUGUCCUGGAAACGUAAAGAUGACGGCCACCCGCUGACGAUCGGAAGUCACGUGUUCACCUCUGACGUCAGAGUCAAAGUUCAGAGCGUGGGGCGUCUGGACGAGUGGCGGCUGAUAAUAAAUGAUGUCCAGGUGGCAGACAGUGGUGUAUAUCAGUGUCAGGUCAGUUCGCAGAGACACCUCGGCACCUAUCAAGUUCUUCUUUACGUCAAAAGUUCGUUGCACAUCCACGUGACGGGCACAAAGUACGUUCUACGUGAUGACGUCAUAAACCUAAUGUGCAACGUCACGGCAAACCCCCACCUGCCCGAUGACGUCAACUGGUUCAAAGACUCAAAACUCAUUCGAUACGAUAGCAGUCGG